AUGGCUGGGGAGAAGAACUCCGCGUUGGACUUGGACCUGCAGGCAGUGGAAAACAUCCCUCGAGACACUCUCGUGGCUCUUCUGCGGCGAAAGGACAAAGAGCUGAAAACGCAGCAGGGGAAGAUCGAGAAGCUCGAGGAGAGAUAUGUGAAAGUGGUGCGCUUCAACAAGAUCCUCAUGGAGGAUCGACAAUCGUUUCAACGAUUUUGCCACGAAUUGCUUCCUGAGUGCGACGGCGCCUUUGAGGAAGCUGCCCUUCAAGAGACACCCACAGAUCUGCAAGAGCUGCUGAGACAGCUCGGUGAAUGGAGAAGUCAUUCAGACGCAGCAAGAGACGAUCGCAAAGUUUUCCAGCAGUUCUUGGAGCUCUGCUUUCCCGGGGAUGAGUCACUUGCGAAGCUUUUUGCGAGGCCCAAUCUUGGCGAGGGAGCUUUCGAUUUGCUGCAAAAGAAAUGGAUGGAGCUGGAGGACCUGCACAAUCAGUCCAUUGCGAGUAUCAACGCAAUGGCUCGUGAACAGGCUGUUUUGCAACAAGAGGAUCUGCAGCAAGCGCAGCAAGCGCAGAGGGAAGCAGAGAAGAAGUUGCAGGAAAUGAAAGAAGAGCUCACUGGCAUGGCACGAGAGAAGGCGCAAAUGUUGAAGCAGAAGCUUCAUGGAAGGAAUGCAGGUUCCACCAAUGAGGUUAUGGAGGAGGCGUCAUCACCUAGAGGGCGUGAGCAACGAGAGCUUCGCGCGUUAGAGGAGCAGAAGGCAGCUGCGGAGCGUCGAGAGAAGGAAGUUUGGCAAUCCUUGGAGCGGCAACGCGAGGCCACGAUCGACGAGCUCAGAGCGGAGGCGCGGCGCUUGCGCUUGGACCUGGAACGUGAGCGCUGCGAAGCAGAGCUGCACCGCGAGGAGGCAGACAGGCGCUUGGAAGAGAAGGACAUGCUGAUGAGCCAGCUUCGCCUAAAGACUGGCGAGCUGGAGCAGGAGCUAACCAGCACCGAUUCCAUCACUCGCCUUGCUGAGCAGCAGGCGAACCGCGAGGUUGAGAUGAAGAAGCACCAACAACAGGUGCAGCAAGUGAACCAAUCGCUGCUUGAAGUGCAGAAAAUGCUGCAGAUGAGCUAUGCGCAAGAGAAGGUUCUCAAGGAGCGCAUUCGCGAGUUGGAGUCGAGCCAAGGCAGAACUCAUAUGGCAGGAGACUAUUUGAAGCACGUGGUCUUGAAGUACAUUGAGUACUGCCAAAAGGGCGACAUGAAGUCUCAGUCUCUGGUCCCUGUGCUUUGUACCUUGCUGAACCUGAACUCCACCGAGCGCAAACUCGUUGAGCAUAGCUCUAUUCCUGCACCACUGCAACACCUGAAUCAGGCUGCAGGUGCUGCUGGAGCCUGGUUUCGAGGGUCAGCUGCUGAGGGUGAGUCAUGA